GUUCUCAAAGUGAGUUGCUCGCAUUCGGUUGGGACUUUAACGGAAGAAUGUCUUACGAAUGGAUAAGUAAAAAUGCGCGAAACGGUAUUGCGGUGAUAUCGAUAAUACUAUCAAUAGCUGUCAUUAUCUUCGUCGAAGGUCUUUCCAGUUCGCACAAAGAGGAUCAACUAAUCAUCAAUCAUAUCUGUCUUCUGCAGAUAUUUUCGAGUAUCAUACUUUUCAUCGGUUCCAAAAACUCUAAUCGGUGGUUAUUCUUGCCCUGGUUGAUGGUGGCAGCUCUCUUUACUUAUACAAUGAUCUACAAAAGCUUGUUCUAUUGGUUUCAUCUGCGGAGUGAUACGAAAGGCUCCAUGGUUGCAAUUUCGUGGCUCUAUUUGAUAGCAGGUUGCUGGUUGUAUUUUAUAUACGCUGUCUUAACAGACUUUCAGGAUAUGCAACGCGUUGCAUGUCCCGGGAAAGAGGUACAAGCUUUUGUGAGAAUCGAAAACCAUCUAACAAAAAAACAAGAAAGUACUCUUCUAUAAUUAAAAUAUCUCAAUAUCUGAUAUAAUUGCGAUUCUAAGUGUUUUUUAAACGAUUUAAAGUAUGACAAGAAGAAGCUUUAUAAAACAAAAAUGUCCAGUGCGAAACUAAUAAUGAUAAUAAUGAAAAUAGAGUGUUUUUCGUCAGAGAAUUACCCGUAAAUUCAGUCAUUGA